AUGCAGCAUGAUGCCAGCCAGCGCAAGCAAGGAAUGGCAUCCGUGUUCAUGGUCUUUCGUAUGGCCAGGCUGCUGCGCAUUGUCCGACUCUUCAGGCUAGUGAAGAUCGUGCGACCCCUCUAUGAGCUGGCGCAAUCCAUCAUGGAAGCGCUCCAAGGCAUGUUCUGGGUCCUCGUCUUCAUGAUCCUCACGUUGUACUCAGUGGCGAUUCUAUGCACACGGCUCAUUGGCCACGGAACGGUGAUCGCUGACGAUGACGAUCCGGAGAUGAAAGAGAUCAAGGAGAUGUUCAGCUCCGUCAGCACUAGUAUGUUCACUCUCUUCGGCACGGUGAGCAGUUGGAGCUUGAUGAAGUUCGUGCCGCUCUUUGAGGAGAUGCCAUUUCUUCAGCCCCUCUUUGUGGUCUUCUACAUCUACUCAGCCUGGGCGCUCCUAGCCGUGAUGACAGGUGUGGUCAGUGAGAACAUGAUCGCUAUCCGCGAUCAGAUGCAGAAGGAAGAUGAGCAGAGAGAGGAGAAACGGAAAUCGAUGAUCACGAAAGUCCUUAUGGAGCUCUUUCGUGAGGCAGAUGUCGACAACAACGGCAUCGUCUCACGACAGGAGUUCGAAGGCAUGCUCAAGUCUCCCGAGUUGGUCAAGAAGAUCACCAAGAACACGCGCAUGAAGGUACAAGACCUCAUCGACCUGUUUGAUUGGAUUGAUCACGACAAAGGUGGCACCAUCACCAUCGACGAGUUCAUGAACGGUUUCAGGUGGAUCAAUGAGCCCCUCCGGGCAAAGAGCCUUGUGAAGCUGCAGGAGCGACUUGCGGGAGAUCUGAAGGUUCUGGAAAGCACCGUGUCCAGCAUCAUCCAGAAGCGUGUCGACGAGGUCCAGCGCACCGUCGCCGUCCCACUGCGGAAGGUUCAUGCGAUUGCGGAACAGAUGCAGAGCCUAGAUGUCCAGCUCGGCAAGAUUCGACCGGUCAUCCACGAGCGCCUGUCCGCUCUGCCGUCUGAGGUGGAGCUGAAGGAGAUGGAAGAACGGCUGAGCAAGAGGCUAAAGCUAACUUUGGACCACCUGGCGGCUAUCGAGGCUAAGGCACGUGUGAAUACGCGGCAGAAGGGACCAAAGAGCUGA